AUGGCCUCGGCCUCAUCGCAGCUCAACGCCGUUUCCCACAACCGUUUCACGGCCCUUGCUACGGAAGACAUGGACUUUUGUGCUGGCGGCAACGACACUACGACCACCGACACGAUCAACGACCAAGAGGUGCUGCGCAGCACCGGCCGCACCACAGUCGCGGUGCGCGGCAACGACUUACACCCAAGCGACAUCGUGGGAUGGAAAACCUCCGGAAGACAAGACAUGCGGCAAAGUCGGCCAUCGGCCGAUGUAUGCCCCACACCGGAAACCAAGAUCUGUUUUGCGUGUGGCGCGCUUAACCCGGCGGCAGACCACGCGGCGCGGUGCAAGCCACGUUGCAAGCUGUGUAACGGAGCCCACGCCACGGGCGCGGAAGGCUGUACGAACAAGUACAAGGUGCCCUUCGUAGUUACUCAGCGCAGAUGGGAGCGCAGAAAUGCGGGGCCAACGUUUUCGUCGCAAGACUUCCCGCAGCUGCCACCGCAACAACAGCAACAACAGAACGAAGCACAUCUAUCAAAGAAAAGACGCAGCCGCUCGAGGAAGCGGGACAAAAGCAGGGAACGCUCGGCGAGCCGCGGCAGAAGCACCGACGGCAAGCGCAGCGAGAACAUGCACGUAGCUCACGCGAAGCACAACACCGUCCAGUCACUACGCAACGAAAACGACCAGCUCAAGCGAUGCAUCGCCGAACAGAGAGCUCAAAUGCAAGAGAUGAACGCCAAGUUGAACCAACUCAUCAACGCGCAGCAGCAGCAGCAGCAGCAGCAGCAGCAGCAGCAACAACAGGCGACUCCGACACCGCCGACGUCGCCGCCGCAGAUUCAACCAAGACCCCCAACGCCAACGGAAAACAACACAAACUCAGCCAUGGAGGUACAAGCCCCAGUUACCACGGAAGCUAACAGCGCAGAACCCAAAACGAUCGACGUAGCUAAGACAAGCGAACCGGCACCCAAGAAGCGAGCGCUCGAACACAUACGUGAACGAAGAGUCAACACUAGGCUGGACAGCAUAGAAGAACGUCAAGAUCGACUGGAACAGACCAUGAAAGCCAACUACGAAACCCUGAGCCAAGCCAUCAAGGCUACUAACGGUCGCCUCGAUGCUACCAACGCACGCCUCGACACGUUGGUGACACCCAUACAUGAUCACGAGCUGCUACCCAACGGCGCCAUCGAGCACACCACGGUCGAAAUCGUCACCAGGAAGCGCAAGCGACGUGAAAGCACUUUUAUAAUCAACGUGUACAGCAAUCCGAAGCACUUCCAGCAAAAAUUCCGCACUCUUGUGCACAAAGCGCAACAGCUCGCGGGCUCCAACGUAACCCUACUGUGUGGAGACUUCAACGCUCAACAUACGGCAUGGGGGUAUCCAUACACGACGGCGAAGGGCCACAGCCUCUACGACGAAACAAUGGACGCAGGUUACCAACUGCUAAACGACCCCAACGCACCUACGAGAAACGGAACGUCGUCGCAACGAGACACAAACCCGGACCUCGCCUUCAUAAGCACGGCCUCGGCACUGCGUGGCGUCACGUGGCGGAACACCGGGGAGACGUUGGGAAGUGACCACUGUAUACUCGAAAUUACAAUACCCAUCGCAGAGAGCACGCAAAGAGCACAGCAACAGCAAAUCGUCGACUGGCACGAGUACAGAAAGAAAUUAGAAGACAACGUUACGGAAACAAUUGAAAACAUAGAAGCAUGGACCAACAUGUUGAACGCCACGACCAAAGACGCCACUCAGACGGUAGAAGCGGAGCCGGAGGCUACGAUGCUGGACAGCAGACUAGCCCACCUCAUGGAAGCCCGCAACUCGCUGAGACGGCGCUGGAAACGUCAACGCCACAACAGAAAACUACGCAAACGUAUAGCACAACUCAACAGAGACAUCGAGCAUCACAGCGCAGUCCUCUGCAGACAGCAGUGGCACGCGGUGUGUCAAGAAGCCGACGGUCAACUACACAAAGGCAAGACGUGGCGCCUGCUACGCCACUUGCUCAACGAUCAGACAACCAAGGGAGCUCAGCAUUACAUGCUGAACAAGACCAUUCACAAAGCCGUCAAAGAAAUUGGAGAGGAUGAGGUGCAACGACGCCUGGACGCCAAGUAUCUUCCCGUAACGCCAACGGACCCACUCCCCAGCUACGAAGAGGCUACCAACGAGAGACUGGAUGCCGACAUCGAAGAAUGGGAAGUGCGAGCGGUUCUACAAACAAUUAACUGUAAAUCGGCGUCCGGACUGGACCAAGUCACCAACAAGGCAUUGAGGAACUUGAACGACACGGCAAUCGAAGCCCUCACCAAGUACUACAACCAGUGCUGGCGGACGGGCAAGCUACCACAACAAUGGAAGACCGCGAAAACGGUCCUGAUCCCCAAACCGGGCAAACCACCCAGCAUAGACAACCUGAGACCCAUCUCUCUAACGUCGUGCGUGGGCAAGGUGCUGGAACACAUCCUACUCAACAGAUGGCAACAUUAUUUGGAAGACUCCAACAUAUAUCCACAUACAAUGCUGGGGUUCCGGGCCAAACUGUGUACUCAGGACGCCAUGCUGUUACUCAAGAACGAAAUCGUGGACAGACAGUUUCCCACGUUGGAUAACAGAGCGGUGCUCGGGCUGGAUCUCCAGGGAGCAUUCGACAACGUACACCACUCGGCCGUUCUUCGGCAGGUGUCCCACCUCAACAUGGGGGAGAGGACGUUCGCUUACAUCAAAGAUUUCCUGACCAACCGCACCACGCGGCUUGUGGCAGGAGAACUACAAUUACCGCUCAAGCAGCUGGGGAGCAAGGGGACCCCGCUGGGCUCGGUGAUCUCCCCUCUGUUGUUCAACCUCGUCAUGAUAGGCGUUGCAAGAAGAUUGGAACAUGUUAGAAACAUCAAGUACACGAUCUACGCGGACGACAUCACGCUGUGGUCAACGGGAGGAAGCGACAGCCAGAUCGAGGCAGCCCUCCAAGAAGCUGUCGUCGCCGUAGAAGAACACCUACGACCCACCGGACUCAAAUGCACACCAACCAAGUCGGAACUGCUAGUGAUCUCACUGCAAAGUGCGCGACGCCCGACAACGCAGGACAUCAACGUGGUAACCCAAGACGGAACGCCGAUACCGCACGUACAGACGCUCAGAGUUUUGGGGAUGCACCUCCAGGACCUGAACCGCAACAACGUGACGAUACAGAAGCUCCACGCAAAGCUCUCGCUGGCCACCCGCUUACUCAAGAAGGUGGCCACGCGGUACCAGGGCAUGAGAGAAGACAGUCUACUACGACUCACCCAGUCGUUUGCAGUCAGCCACAUCUCUUACGUUGCGUCGUUCCACAAUUGGAAAGCGGCGGAGAAGAUGAAGAUUGACGCGAUGAUCAGAAAGGCGUACAAGACGGCCCUGGGCCUAUACCCCCACACCAACACGGAACGCAUGCUCGCGUUGGGCGUUCACAACACGCUUGAAGAAAUCGCAGAAGCCCAGCGAACGGCGCAGUAUCACCGCCUGUCCCAGACCAGGACGGGAAGAACGAUACUACAACGCAUCGGAAUCAACGCGCCAGCGACGACCCCGGAGGUAGCAAAGCAGCUACCCCGGGACGUUCUCCAAAGACUGAGGGUACCACCCUUACCGAAGCAAAUGCAUCCGCAAGUAAACCAAGAAAGAAGAAUGGCGAGAGCCACGGUCCUCACAAAGGGUCACGCCAACGAUCCGCGCGCGUACUACGUGGACGUGGCGAAGUAUCCCCACCGGCCAAACACGUACGCAGCAGCAGUCAUCGCUGCAGACACCGGAGUACUCACAACGUCGGGAAGCAUACGGUGCAAGUCGCCCACGCAAGCCGAGGAGUUUGCAAUCGCACUGGCACUAGCGAUCCCGGAUUGCCGCACGAUCCUCAGCGACUCGAAGCCGGCAAUAGUCAACUUUGCUACAAACAACGUCCAUGGAACCACUGCAAGGGUAUGUUCAACGAUAGCAAGACCGGAAACCAACGUUACCGUCAAGUGGUUCCCUGCGCACGCCGGGGAGCUGGACGCGGGCCCGAACCGCAACGAGGAGGCAGAUACGGAGGCACACGCGCUAACUAGCCGCGGGUCUCCGUCAACGCAUUCCUCGGAGCCGCAACGACCCGAUGCCGAAGACGAAGAGUAUUCCAUUACAACCUACGGCGACGUUCUGCAGUGGUACAGAACGAGCAGACGCCUCUACCCACCACCUCACCGAGACCUACAACGCAGCGAAGCAGCCACACUACGGCAGUUGCAAGUAUACACCACGGAUAUAUGCCAACACUGCAAGAAGGCGCGCGCCACCCAGAGACACCUCCUCUGGGACUGUGCGCCACCGCCGGGUAACCAAGAAGCAAUGCCAACUGCCAUCAGCAGCAAGAUCAUCAGCCGAGAGCCAGGCAACCAAAGAGACGUGGUCCAGCACGUGCUUAGCAUCCUGGAACGCCAGCGGCCGAAAGCGGCGCCCCCACGGGUUUGA